AGAAAGCUUCCUUUUUGGUUUGCUGCUGCUUCCUGGACCGGAAUCCCCACCGAAUAUUGUGAAAUCCAGAGUGUUAAAACCACGCACCCUUCCCGUUACUUUGGAGAGUCAGCAGUCGUGCCCCUAGACGUGCAAGGGUUCGAGGAAGGUGCAACCAGCAAAUAAUGCUGCUGUCCAUGUCUGCGUGAGAGCUGAGACACCACGUCCACCUUGCGUCGAGCAAAGCACGAUUUUCGUUGGGGAGCGAAAGCAUAUAGACAUUUCAGUGAUGUAUUAUGCAAAAUUACUAUUACAUGUGGUACAGUAUAUUGCUGCUUAAUUUUUAUACGGACUAUCAAUUUUAAGGGCUGAAUGAUUUCAUGCUGCCAGUAGGAAGCGCCUAGCUGUAAAGCCACUGGAAACUAGCCUAAAAUGAUUUCUGGGCAUGAUCUUUUCGUCCAAUUGAACAGCUAGUCAGCUAGCUUAACUACAAUACUUAACUAUCUCGCAGAGUUGUCAGUGCACAUUGUUUUUGUCAAGUGCCAGUGUCACUCCCUGUAUCUCGAAGUUAUUCCGCUAAUUCAGUCGCUUACUGUCAGUUUUUACUGAGUCUGAAUAUAGAUUAGUGUUUACGUGUUAGACCUUCGAGUUAGAUUAUCAGACAUGGCCCCAAAGAAGAGACCUGGCCCCAUUGUCAUAACACCUGCUGGAGAGGGGCAAGCGGUUUCAACCAAUGCAGCAAUUGAGGCCAGUCUAGUAGACCUACCGAAAAUGUUAGGGGAACUGGACUUGGAUGAGCAGCAGAGGAAACGCUUGGAGGCUUUUCUCACACAGAAAGCAAAGGUGGGCGAACUCAAAGAUGAUGACUUCCACCUCAUCUGUGAGCUCGGUGCCGGCAACGGUGGAGUGGUCCACAAAGUCCGUCACAAACCCUCUGGACUAGUUAUGGCAAGGAAGCUUAUCCAUUUAGAAAUCAAGCCAGCGAUCAGGAACCAGAUCAUCAGAGAACUUCAAGUGCUGCACGAAUGCAACUCUCCCUACAUAGUGGGCUUCUAUGGGGCUUUCUACAGCGAUGGCGAGAUUAGUAUCUGCAUGGAGCACAUGGAUGGAGGGUCCCUUGACCAGGUCCUGAAAGAAGCCAAGAGAGUCCCGGAAGAAAUACUUGGGAAAGUCAGCAUAGCUGUACUUAGAGGACUUGCGUAUCUCCGAGAGAAGCAUCAAAUUAUGCAUAGAGACGUCAAACCGUCCAACAUCUUGGUGAACUCGCGAGGGGAGAUCAAGCUGUGCGACUUUGGCGUGAGCGGCCAGCUCAUCGACUCCAUGGCCAACUCCUUCGUGGGAACCCGUUCCUACAUGUCGCCGGAGAGACUGCAGGGCACGCAUUACUCGGUACAGUCGGACGUGUGGAGCAUGGGCCUGUCGCUGGUGGAGCUGGCCAUCGGCCGCUUCCCCAUCCCCCCGCCCGACGCCAAGGAGCUGGAGGCCAUCUUCGGGCGGUCCGUGCUGAACGAGGCUGGCGGGGAGGCGCUCAGCACCUCGCCCAGGCCCAAACCCCCUGGACGGCCCGUCAGCGGACACGGAAUGGACAGUCGUCCGGCGAUGGCUAUAUUUGAACUACUGGACUACAUUGUCAAUGAGCCUCCACCCAAGCUGCCACAUGGAGUCUACACCUCCGACUUCCAGGACUUUGUGAAUAAAUGCCUCAUAAAGAACCCUGCAGACCGGGCCGACCUGAAGAUGCUUGUGAGUCACACGUUCAUCAAGCGCGCCGAGGUGGAGAAGGUGGACUUCGCCGGCUGGCUGUGCAAAACCAUGGGCCUCAACCAACCCAGCACUCCGACCCGAUGUGCCGAAUGACCAAGCCUCUUCUCGUACUCCUGAUUGCUUCAUACUUCUCCGAUCCCUUUGCCUUCUCUGUGCAACACAUAUACACACACACGCACACACACACACACACACAUACUCCUACACUUGUUUGUUGUUUAUCAUUUAGCUACUCGAUCUGCCAUCUCUGGAGAUGCAUUGCGAUGAAUUAGGUCCAUAGCAAACCUUGUGAUUCAUUUAAGUUGAAAACACCAAAUUAUCUCCAGUGGGUUUUUUUUCUUUCAUCUCUUCCAUCUAGGUUUGUACUUUCUUUCUGUUGUCUUAUAAAAUCCUCAGUGUUUUCAUGGUCAGAUGUGGGCCGCAUUGUUGACAGGCCUCCAGUAUGGGUGAUGGUGGGUUAUUCAUAUCAUGAAUGUGAAAUAGUCACCAAAACAACGCUGUUUGGCAGCGGCAUGUUGCGCUGUGUCAUGUAAAAAAGCCACAGUGGAAGAUGACCUUAUCUUUUCUUUUCUUUUGUCUCACAUUUGUUUAUUUGUUUCAUUGUGUUUCAUGUUUUUGGCCUGUUCAAUUCAAACCAAAGAAGGUACUUGUCUUGAAUGCAGACUGAACACGCCAUUAUGCGCUGUUAUGGUGUUUGAUAUCAUGAAUGUAGACUCAUGGCUACUGUCGGUUUCCCUGGCGUGCUUGCAGCUCUGUUAGGGAAGCUCGAGGGGUGUGUGGUGAUCGAUGGGGAGGGUCACACAGUAGCUUUCUUGGCCUCUGUGUGACCACUACCAAUAUCAUGAGAUGUAAAUGCUUUUAAGUCUUAUGUUUUUGACCUUAAUCUCACAAAAAAAAAAAAAAAAUACUCUUAAAAGUAUAAAGCCUGAUGAAACCAUACUGUACUGUAUUUAAUUGUGGCAUUUUGUGACUGGAGAAACUUGGUAUCAUGCUUAUUAGUCUCUCAAAAAGAGGCCAAAGCAUCGGUCACUUCUCUUGAAUCUAAGGACGUGGUCAAACAUGCUCGUUUCCUUUCCGACUGGCAUGGUUAAUUGUCUUGCCUCUUUCACUCUUUCAAUUCAUGGUGGUUUAAUUCGGUGUUUACGGAAGAUGCCUGAAAUCAUAUUUCUUCUCUUUUGCCUGAUUUUCUCUUUUUGUUGUUGUUGUUGUUGUUGUUGUUGUUGUUGUUGUUUUCUGUUUCUUUUCUCUCAACUGUUGGAGUAGAGGUCUGCCAAAUGCUUCAGUGCUAUACUUUCCGUGACUGGUCUGAGUUUGCACUAAGUGAUGAAGACCUUCACUCUACUAAGGGCAGCACUUGUGGUGAUGAUGAUGAUGAUGAUAAAGCUGUCGUUUUUGCCUGCUCUGUGCUCUCUGCUAUUCUCCACUAUCCUGUACUCUCUUGACGGGAAAAAGUGAGAUGAAAGCUUUUCCACACGUUGGUGUGUGAAGCUUACUUAACAGUGCAAAAGUACUGUCUCUGCAGUCUUAAAGAAAUCUUUUUUUUCUCUCUCUCUCUCUGAUCUGGUUUAGAGGAAAUGAGGAAAGUCAUUUUAUUGUCACACGAAAUAUGUUGAAUACAGUUCUAAUAUAAAAAUAAAACCUAUUUGUGAAUGGUU